AUGAGAAGGUUGGCACUGAGAAUCGGGAAUCAAGCAGGGAAAAGGUUGGCACUGAGAAUCGGGAAUCAAGCAGUGAGAAGGUUGGCACUGAGAAUCGGGAAUCAAGCAGUGAGAAGGUUGGCACUGAGAAUCGGGAAUCAAAGUGAGAAGGUUGGCACUGAGAAUCGGGAAUCAAGCAGGGAGAAGGUUGGCACUGAGAAUCGGGAAUCAAGCAGUGAGAAGGUUGGCACUGAGAAUCGGGAAUCAAGCAGUGAGAAGGUUGGCACUGAGAAUCGGGAAUCAAGCAGUGAGAAGGUUGGCACUGAGAAUCGGGAAUCAAGCAGGGAGAAGGUUGGCACUGAGAAUCGGGAAUCAAGCAGUGAGAAGGUUGGCACUGAGAAUCGGGAAUCAAGCAGGGAGAAGGUUGGCACUGAGAAUCGGGAAUCAAGCAGGGAGAAGGUUGGCACUGAGAAUCGGGAAUCAAGCAGUGAGAAGGUUGGCACUGAGAAUCGGGAAUCAAGCAGUGAGAAGGUUGGCACUGAGAAUCGGGAAUCAAGCAGUGAGAAGGUUGGCACUGAGAAUCGGGAAUCAAGCAGGGAGAAGGUUGGCACUGAGAAUCGGGAAUCAAGCAGUGAGAAGGUUGGCACUGAGAAUCGGGAAUCAAGCAGUGAGAAGGUUGGCACUGAGAAUCGGGAAUCAAGCAGUAUGAAGAGGCGCUGCGCGGGCCUGGCUCUCGAAACAUUUCUCAUCUCCGAGAGAAGUAAACUCAUUGAGCAGCAAAUGCAGUUCGAGUAA